UCGAUACGCGGACGGAGGAGAGAGCUCGCUCGGCGCCGCAUUGGGAACCGCAUCGCAUUCGGUGUGCCGCCACCGGGGGAUCCUGUGUCCUUUUAAGGGGAUCCCAGAGGUCGUGCCUUCGCAGCUCCAGAACGUCUGUCGUCGCCAGCUGUUUUGAUCGCCAUGCUUACCCCCGUCCGACGAUGCAUCGCCUUCCGAUCCGGACGAGGCGACGAGAUCUCCGCUGGCGAGGCCUCGCAGCCUCUCUGCGUGUUUGCGUCCUUACGGGCAGUCUGGAGCUUCGGCCGACUUCUCGGUUGAACGCGAGGCUAUGCGACUCGUGCCGUAGUGGUCCGUAGUUUGGCGCGGCGUGUCCACGGUAGAGCGACGUCUGGGCGCUUCACGUAUGUACUGACCGCCAUGUAGAUUCAUAGCGAUUUAGCUGCAGCGAACCACUCGUUUUUUCCUCGUUUCCGAUUCGGUGCACCUUCUCGAAGAAAAGAAAAAAAAUAACGGCUCAAGAGACAUUCUCUCCGGCGGCACUAACACACGCCCUUCGUGUAUCCCACCAUGUAGGAGUUCUCAUUGAUAAUCGAAUUCUGCGAGAGAAGCACUAGUUUCUGCAUGUUAGAGUAGACCAUCCCUCCGUAAAGCGCUUGAUCGCGUAGGCACUCUUAACUCGAAGCGGCAUGUCCUUCCUGACUCCGAGUUUGCGCUGGUGUAUGGAAAGCCAAUGGGUUGGCUCCAUCCUCAAGCAGUGCGAACAACAUGACUGUUGCUGUGGAUGUUGCGCGGCACUACGGCCCCGCUACAAGCGGUUGGUGGACAAUAUUUUCCCAGCCAACCCAGAAGAUGGCCUGGUACGCAAUAACAUGGAGAAGCUCACAUUCUAUGCGCUCUCCUCACCUGAGAAGCUGGACCGCAUUGGCGAAUACUUGGCACUGCGGGUCUCCCGUGACAUCUCACGCCACCGGCUCAAGUACGUCGAGAUCUCGAUGGAGGCCAUGGACCAGCUUCUGGUCGCCUGCCACGCCCAGAGUCUCAACCUGUUUGUCGAGAGCUUCCUCAAGAUGGUGCAGCGACUGCUGGAGUGUCAGAACCCAGAUUUACAGCUGCUUGCUACUCAAUCGUUUGUUAGGUUUGCCAAUAUAGAAGAGGACACGCCAUCAUAUCAUCGACGGUACGACUUCUUUGUGUCCAAGUUUUCCUCCCUCUGCCACGACAACAAUUCAGACGCCGAGCUGAGGAAACAGCUGCGUCUAGCGGGACUACGGGGUCUGCAAGGAGUGGUCCGGAAGACGGUCAGUGACGACCUCCAGGUCAACAUCUGGGACGAAACCCACAUGGAAAAGAUUGUGCCUUCACUGCUGUUCAACAUGCAGGAUGCCAACUUAGAAAAGGCAAGAACUCCUUCUGUUCACUCACAGCAAGGAAGCGCGGAAGGCGGCGGCACUGCCCAGACAAGUGCGCGGGCUUCGGAGACGCCAGAUAGCCCCCAGGUGGAGACACCCGUCACCUUGGCCGAGAACUGCUUCCGGGAAGUCAUGGGGCGAGCCACUUAUGGUCACAUUGCAUCCGUCAUCAAACCGGUUCUGAAGCACCUGGACAACCACCAGCUCUGGGUACCCAACACCUUCUCUGUGUACACAUUCAAGAUCAUCAUGUACUCCAUACAGGCACAGUACUCUUAUGCGGUGAUCCAAAUCCUGAUGAACCACCUGGACGAGAUGUACCGACUUGAAACUGGUGCCAGCACUGCAGACGAGACCGAUCAGGACCAGGGUACCCCCAUCUCCAAGGGCCCCAAGGUCCGUACGGGCAUCGUCAAGGUGCUCUUCCACAUUGUCACCAUCGCAGCCGGAGAAAGUGUAGGGCCCUCUGUCCUCGAAGUGUUCCAUUCACUGCUGAAUCACCUGCGGCAUUCAAUCACCAUCCGCAGCUCGGACGGGAGUGAUGUUGAGGACGAGCGAGAGUUCCAGGAGGCAGUGAUUGCUACGUUGGGCGAGUUUGCCAACAAUUUGCCCGACUACCAGAAGAUAGAGAUCAUGAUGUUCAUCCUGGGCAAGGUGCCCGCACCCCAGGGCCCCGACGAUGGCCUGGAUGCCCACGACGGCCAUGUGGCACCUAACUUGAAGGAUAACUCGGAGGUCUUGCUGCAGCACAUCAUGCUCAAGUCACUCCUCACUGUGGGCCAAAAGUACCGGACAGUGCAACUGAGCCAGGCAUUUCCAACAGCGUUCCUGCAGUCCCUGCUGCGCAUGUCACUGGCCAGGGACCCCUCCGUGCGCCUCUUGGUGCAGAACAUCCUUCACACGCUGCUGGACCGGCACAAGAACCUGAAACAUCUGAGCGUCAUGCCAAACUGCCAGGACCCAGUGGGUGAGCUGCACGUAGAGAAGUGCUCGCGGCAGGACACAGUGUUCAUGAAAAAGAACGGGCCGGACCUGCUAAGCCACAUCUACGAGAAUGCCCAGCUGUCCAACAACCUGCCCGCAAACUAUCAAGCGCUGUAUACAACACUGGCUCUGCUCUGCGUUGAGCUGGGCAGUGAGGAUGUGCUCAUCGAGCUGCUACGACUGAUGUUCGCCAUUCAGGACCUUCCCAGCAGCGGUUUGGUGAGCAUGAGUGGUUCCCACAUGGCAUCCCUGCAUGCCCUGGUGGCUGCCUUCAUGUUUCUUGCUGGACAGCUCACCUCCAUUCCGUCUCUCUGCACUCACGUCACAGAGGUGAUCAAGGUGCGACGAGAACGCACGCCGCAGUUGUUGCCCCAGGGCCCACCCUUGACGGGGCCGCUGGGUCAGGUGCCCGAGCAGGCACUCUUUGACCGCAAUGUAGUCGCAGAGGCCCUGCGUAGUACGGGGCACGACCCUUCGAAGCUGUUCACCCCGUACGCACCACGCCACUCCAGUGUUCAGGGAGGGGAGGCCAACGUAACCCGAAGUGUGAGUGACCUGAACUCGAACAACAUUGAAGUGGCCAGUGUCAACUCCUCUCCUGGCUUCAUUCGAAAGCAUCCCGAGGAGGAGAUAACAGUGGAGGCCCUCAAGAAGAUGAUGCAGGAGCCGGUCAACUCACAACAGGUGGCCGAGGAGCAGCGUUACAAGGUGCUCGAGCGCUUCCGCAGCACGCCCUUCCUCGAGCUGCUGUCCAGUGCACAGCAGCAUCACCAGGCCAUUGACCUCCAAGGCAAGCUGAAGGAAAUUCUGGGCAAGCUGCCAGGUCCCAUGACCGGCCAGAGUUCUUCAGGCAGGCACUCUAGUACGACAGCUGGCCUGCAUUCGCUAAAUCUGGCUCAGGAGUCCCACACAGCCCCGGUGUACGAGAUCAACUUCCCUGAGCUUUUUGUCUUCUAGUUCUCACAUUUGAUGGGGGUACUCUCCCACAUACGGUGCAAUAAAAGAGUCUGUUUUCUUGGUCU